CUGGUGCGUUUCAGCGGCGAGGACGAGCUUGGGCCGGUUAACGGGCUUUUGCUGGCGCUGGCUUUCCCGGUGGGUUAUGGGCUGUAUGACUUAAUUGCACGUGGUGGCUUUGAUCCUGUUCGGCUAUUUCGUGCUCUAGUAAGACGAAAACGACCUUAUGACUUUAUCCACUGGCGGCGAUUCAAUCCCUAUUCGAUUCUGGGGUUCGUGAGCGUGCUUCUCACGGGCGGGAUAGGGCUGCUCAAGCUGCCGGUGGAGUGGCUGGCGAUCAAGGAGGCGGCAAUCCCGUUCAUCAUCUGCGCCGCAGUGGUGAUUUCGAUGCGGACACCCUAUCCCCUCGUCAAGACGAUCAUGCACAAGGUCAUCAACGUGGAGCGGGUAUACGAAGCGCUGAACCGACGGCAGAGCAUCGAGGCGUAUGAGCGCCGGGUGGACGCGGCAACGUACAUGAUCGCGUUCGGGCUGCUGGUCUCGACCGUAUUGAACUACGUCCUGGCGCGGGUCGUCGUCGUGAGCGAGCCGGGAACGACAGCCUUCAACGAAGAGCUUGGACGCAUGACGGCGCUGAGCUUUCCGGUCAUCACCGUUCCCUCGAUAACCAUCCUCGCGUUUGCGCUAUACUACCUCGCCAGCGGCAUCACGAAAGAGACGGGGCUGGAGUUCCAGGACAUCUUCAAGACGACACAGGACGACGAAUGA